AUGGAGAAGAUGCUACCAGCCCAGGAAGCAGCCAAAAUCUACCACACGAACUACGUGAGGAACGCGAGGGCAAUUGGUGCGUUAUGGGCCGUGUUCACCAUUUGCUUUGCCAUCAUCACCGUGGUGGUGUUCAUCCAGCCCUACUGGAUCGGGGACAGCGUGAACACCCCCCAGGCGGGCUACUUUGGCCUCUUCUACUACUGCGUCGGCAACGCGCUCACCUCCGAGCUCACGUGCAAGGGCAGCGCGCUGGACUUCGGCUCUAUCCCGUCGCCGGCCUUCAGGACCGCGCUCUUUUUCGUGGGCAUCUCGAUGCUUCUUGUGGUCGGAUGCAUCGUGUGCUUUGGCCUCUUUUUCUUCUGCAACAGCGGCAGCGUGUACAAGAUAUGCGCUUGGAUGCAGCUCGCUUCAGCUGUCUGCAUGGUCAUCGGCUGCAUGAUUUACCCAGAUGGCUGGGACUCCCCCGAGGUGAAGCGCAUGUGCGGAGAGCGGACCGACAAGUACACGCUGGGCAACUGCACGGUGCGCUGGGCCUACAUCCUUGCCAUCAUCAGCAUCCUGGAUGCCCUCAUCCUCUCCUUCCUGGCGUUUGCGCUGGGAAACCGGCAGGACAACCUGCUGCCGGAAGACUUCCAGGUCGAGGGCAUAGGUAAGACUCCAAGUUCCAGCAGGGCAUUCAGAAGACAAAGACUGAGGAAGACACCUUGA